GGACAAGGGCCGGAGCCUUGCCAAGCUCAUGGAGGUGGACUCCACAGAGCAGCUCGCCUUCGAGUCCGUGGAGUCGGAGUUGCGCUGCGUCCUCGCCCGCGCGGCGGCGGCCGCCAAGCAGCGCCAGACCGCGCCCAAGGCGGCGGCCCUCGCGGCGUACGCCCAGACGGCGAAUUUGGUGCUGGUGCGUUCGGCCAAGUACAUCGCGCUGAGCCAGGCGGGGGCCGAGGGCGUGGCAUUGGCCGGGCGGCUGCUGGGCGGCGUGGGCGCCGGCCUGGCGGUGGGGGUGGCGGUGCACGGAUGGUCCACCCUGAAGCCUAUGCAGAAGCUGGUGAAGGAGAAGAUCGACGAGAUCCAGAGGUCCAUGGAGUAUCUGGAAGGCCUGCGGAAGCAGAUGUGCAGCGCCUUGGUUUGCCCCGGCUGCGGGGAGGCCUUGUCCUUCGGGCGCGAGGAUUUGCGGCGCUGCAGCCGCUUCCAUUGCUUCCAUGCCAGAUGUGUGGAGCAGGAGCCCAGCUGCCCGCAGUGUUUGGACCCCGUGGCGAAGGUGAAGAGCAGCGACCAGCUGAAUGCGCUGCUGUGGCUCGCCGGGCUCCGCGACUUCUGCGCGGUGACUUUGGAGGCCUUGGGCCCGCAGCUGCAGAAGGCCAACGACCGGCUUCAGCGCCUGGCCGCAGAGGAUGUGCGAGGCCUCUUCAUGAAGUCGGCGCCGGAGGAGGUGGAGAGUCCUUCUUCCUUCAGCAGCAGCCCAAAAAAGAUGGACGAGGCCCCGCAGGAGGUUGCGGAGGCGCAUGUGGCGUGGGAAGCGGCGGAGUUGACGCGCUACGACAGCUCCGACCCCGGCGCCACGGCGGCGGCGCGAGUGGUCGUAGAGCGCUUGCUGCUAGACCACUGCGGCAUGCCGCUGAAGCACCGGCACCGGCUUUGGCCGUUGCUGCUGGGCUGUCGCCCACUGCCGCUUCCAUCGCUGGAGCCGCCCGCCAAGGUGAUCGAGCAGAUCGACGCAGAUGUGCCUCGAACCAGGCACAGUCUGGUGGCUGGCCGCACCGCGGACUUGCGAUGCGUCCUCCGCUCCUUGAGCGUCCACCGCCCGGAGAUCGGCUACGCGCAGGGUAUGAAUCAGCUGGCCGCGGUGUUUCUGAAGCUCGGCUUUGACAACGAUAUGACCUUCUCCAUGAUGGACGCUCUCAUGCAGGACUUGGUUCCUGGAUGCCAUGAUCCUGACCUGCACGGCCUCUUCCGAGACACCGGCGUGGCCGACAUCCUGAUCCAGACCUUCUUGCCGCGGCACGCUCUUGCCUUUGAGUCCGCAGGCAUUGAGGUCCUUUGGUUUACAGUGGACUACUUUCUGACGCUUGGCUCCGCCGGUGCCUCGUUGCCCUUCAUCGCCUGCCUGUGGGACCUUUGCUUCCUCUGGGGCCCGCGUGCCGUGUUCAGCGGCUUCCUGGCAAGCUUGGACCUCUACUUCCCGCUCAGUGCCAUCAAGGAGAACGCUGAUGCGGAGGAGCAGCUGCAGCGCUACAAGGCUGCCCUUGCAGAGGCCUCUCCGGACGGCUUCGCCCAGCGCGCCGCCGAGUUCUUGCACGAGCGCCAGGGGGGGAUCUCAGCUGAGCUCAUCGCUAGCUUGCGAGCUUCGGUGCGCGCAUGAGGCCAGGCUUCGGUUGUCUCAAUGAGACAGGGCAGUGGGUUUCCCUUGGAGUUCCCUAUGCUCAAGAGAGCCCAAAUGCCUACUUCGGCAUACACUGUACACACAGCGGCUGCAUGCCAUUGUGGUCUUGGGAGCACUUGGCCCCGGAUUCGUGUCAUGCGAGCUUGCUCAGUGUGAUGCUCAAAACGACACGUCCAUCCCGGGGUCCACCCA